CCCUGUUUUGUUUCGUAACACGAGCCUAUUGACACGUCCCGAACCCUGGUUUGAGCACCAAAAAGGCUCUCCUCUUCAAAUCUCACAUGCAUUCAAUGCCCCCACACACUCUUUCUCUUCCUCUCUAUUUAAGGUUGGGGCACCUUCAGUGUUUGCACUGCAAAGAAGGAGCCCCAGUUUCAUAAAAUAUGAAGUUUUGCUGUUAUCUGUAAAUAAGUUUAUGAAAAUCUCUCUCUCUAAAGAGGACUUAAAUGCCAGCGGGAUUGAAUUUUGUUGAGGUUUCGUGAGUUGCAGUUGUGGAGGAGAGUUGUUUCGUGGCCUGCGGCUGUGGAGGAGAGUUGUUUCGCGGCCUGCGGCGGUGGAGGAGAGUUGUUAUCAUCGGUUGAUGAGAUUCUCUCUCUAAAAUCCGAAGCUCUUCGGUGCUGACUCCAGGAGAUCGGAAGCUAUGGCAGCCAUUACCAACACAGCGGCUGUCAGCAAGGAGAUUCGAGACUAUCGUGGACUGCGAAGGUCGUAUUCUGAUCCUCACAUUCCCUGCCAAGUCUCGUCAGUCCGCUCGUCCCCUUCGUCAUCUUCACUCUCUUCUCUCGCUUCGUCUUCCUCAGGGAAUGAUCUCCGGCACAAGAGAGCUUUCCCUUUCCCUUUCUUCUCAGGCACAAUGCAACUACCCCAGUCGCUGCGCUCUCUCCUCGACCACCAGGUUGCCAAACAACCGACCGAAGUGGAAGAAGAGGAGAAAGCCAUGAAGCCUCUCACAGGGAGGCGUAAUGAGAGAGAGGGCAAAUACGAGGAGGUUCUCAAUUUGGUGGGAUCAGUUCUAGAGAGAGAGACACCUGAAACUGGGGGGAUUUUUCAUGUCGGGGGCUCGGAAAGCAUGGCCGUCGUGGAAGAGAGCUCUUCUUCUUUUCUCGGAAUCGAAGAAAGUGAUGAGAAAGUGAAAAGAUCAAAUUGGAUCAUGAGGCUACUAGAGCUGAGGAGCCAUUGGAGAGAUCGUCAAAAAGAGAUGAUAGGUAAUGAGGAUUUUGAGGAAGAAGGUGAAGUGGGCAGUUGUGAAGAUGGUUGUGGGGUUGAGGAAGAAGAAGGAAAUGAAAGUCUCUCGAAGUUUCUGGUUCGAGCUUCGUUGGAUGACAUCAAGGUUUAUGCUCAGUUGGCCUUCCUCUGCAAUCUCGCCUACGUUAUUCCGGAGAUCAAGGGCGGAGACUUGUGGAGGUACUACCGGCUUCGUUGGGUCACCUCCUCCUUAGAGAAGAAGGCUGAGGCUGCUGCCAAAGCCCAUCCGCCCGAAAAAGAUCCCAAGGGCAGCACCACCCACACAGAUUCCAGUAGCCGAGAAGGCACCCGAAGGGCCUCAGCGGCAUACGAGAUAGCAGCUGCAGGAGCCUCGUAUGUGCACUCUUUCGUCCCUAAGUACCCCUCAGAGCAAGCACAGAUGCAAACAGCAACCUAUAAGUCAGAGAUGGCGGCAUAUAUGGCUGCUUCAACAAUGACUGCGAUGGUUGCAGCCGAGGAGGUGGCGAAACAGGCAGCUGCAAGGGAGCUUCAGUCCCUCCACUCUUCCCCUUGCGAGUGGUUUGUAUGCGAUGAUCCUGGUUCGUGCACUCGCUGCUUUGUCAUUCAGGGUUCUGACUCAUUGAGCUCGUGGCAGGCAAAUUUGUUGUUCGAGCCCACUCAAUUUGAGGGGAUGGAUGUUUUGGUGCACAGAGGGAUCUACGAGGCUGCCAAGGGCAUCUACGAGCAGUUCCUACCGGAGAUCCUCGACUACCGUGCUCGGCAUGGUGACAAAGCUCGCUUCCGCUUCACAGGACACUCCCUUGGAGGCAGUCUCUCUUUGUUGGUCAGCCUCAUGCUCGUCGGGAGGGGUGUGGUGGCGCCCGAGCGAGCCCUUCCUGUGGUGACAUUCGGCUCACCAUGCAUUAUGUGUGGGGGCAUGAGGGCACUCGAGGCACUGGGGUUGGAUGAGGGCCAUGUUCACUCUGUCAUGAUGCACAGGGAUGUUGUUCCCCGAGCCUUCUCAUGCACCUACCCUAACCAUGUUGCCGUUGUUCUCAAGCGACUGAGUGCCCACUUCCGCAACCACCCCUGUCUCCUCAACAAUAAACUAUUGUAUUCUCCAAUGGGGCAAUCUUUGAUCCUUCAACCGGAUGAGAAAGUGUCGCCUCCUCACCCAUUGCUCCCUCCGGGAAGCGCCCUAUACGCUCUCGAGAGGGGGCCUCAAGUGCAGGCAGCCCUAAGGACCUUCCUCAACACCCCUCAUCCUUUGGAGACCCUCAGUGACCCCACGGCCUAUGGGUCAGAGGGGUCCAUACUGAGGGACCACGACUCCAGCAACUACCUCAAGGCUAUCAAUGCUGUGCUCAGGCAGCAGACCAAGCAGAUGAGGCGCACCCACCGCCUCCACCGGUGCCACGAUUGGUGGCCCCUUGUUGCUUCCUCAUCCCCCUCUCCACAUGUUGCUGUGUACACCAUGGACUCGCCGCCAUUUCCUCUGCCUCAGCGGGAGAUGGCAGCCGCAGUCAAGACUUAGAGAGAGAUAGUACGAGAUUGCCUAAAUUCUAAAUUGUGAAGUGGCUGUCGAGAGAGAAUCUGUUGCCUAAAUUGUGUGUAGAGACAGAGAGAAUAGCUAAAUAAUUAUGCAGAAAGAUGGCCAGACGAUUGUCGUUCUUUGGUGUACAUAAAUGUGGCAGCGAAGUAUAGACUGGAAAAUGAAAAUUGGAUUUAUUUAGUUGGGAAAAACGUGAAAAAUGUAAUAUAUCACAAUAAAAUGCCCAUACAGUUCCUUGUUAUGUCUC